AUCGACUCGGCGGAUCGAUUCGCUGGCACUUUAUUUCCUGAUCACGCCGGGCAGGUGGUGGCGUUGUUGCGUGUGGAGCGGCGUUAAAUAUGGAGGGGGCGAUGUCUCUGGUGGUGUUCCUCCUCUUCUCAAUGACGGGAACCACAUGGUGUCACGUCUCCUGCCUCAACGGGGAGGGGAAAUCCGUGGAUUGGUUCAUAGUCUACAAGCUGCCCAAGGGAAAAGAUUACCUCUACUUGGACAAAUCAACGCAGAGCUGGCAGAAGGCCCAAGUUGAUGUCGAUGACAAUUCCAGCCCUGUUUACCAGACGGUCAACCAGCUCUACAACGGGAACACGACCGAGGCCGGCGACGUCGCCUUCGUUCUCUAUAACGAUGAACCACCCAACUCCCCUCGCUACGACAGCAUCUGCGGCCACACCAAAGGUGUCGUGAUGCUGGACGGGGCGGGCGGCUUCUGGCUCGUGCACAGCACGCCGCACUUCCCGCCGUCGGUGCCGGGGCCGUUUGCAUGGCCCCACACGGCGCUGCGCUACGGCCAGUCCUUCCUGUGCGUCUCCUACGGUUUCGACCAGUUCAGCGACAUCGCCCUGCAGCUGCGCUACAACGAGCCGGACCACUACAGCUGCCAAGUCGGGGCCCAGCUCCAGGACAAGUUGCCCGACCUGCAGGCGCUGUGCGCCAAAACGAAACUGCAGGUGGAGUCCACGACGCGUGUUGUCGAGCUCACCUCCUCCGCCGGGAAAACCUUCCGCAGCUUCGCCAAGACACACCACUUCGACGACGAUCUGUACGUUGACUUGGUGGCACCCAACCUCAAGAGCAGCCUCUAUCUGGAAUCGUGGGUCCACGGCGUCGGGGUGUUCGACUCAAACUGCUCGGGCGAGUUCUGCGUUUGCCGCGUCUCUUCCAUCUCCCUGCCGAGCGUUGCCCCUUUCUCCUCCGAGGAGGACCACUCCAAGUGGUGUGUGUCGCAGACAGGCGGGUCCACCAGCGGCGGGGCCUGGACCUGCGUGGGUGACAUCAACCGUAACCGCGGCGAGGAGUACCGGGGGGGCGGAACAGUGUGCACCGAUGACCCCACAAUCUGGGCCGCCUUUGCCAAGGCCACGACCCGCGUGAAUCCCUGUCCGGCUGGGCCGCGAGACAACAACAACAACAACAGGGGGUCGUGUGACUGUGCUGUGCCCGCAUGCCGUGCCGGCUACGUUGGCUUGCCUGGCUUGUAGGGGCUAUGAGGAGGGUAAAGGGGUUAACGCAGAGUCUGAAGUGCAUAACGCUCUUUAACGCGGAGACUCCCUGAUUAGCUUCAUGAACUUGCGAGGGUUAUCUCGUGGUAAUGGGUAGAGACUGCUGUAACAAACGCUUAUUGCGCUGGCUUGCCUAUAUCGUACGAGUGAACACACAGUAAUUGGUGUGUGCACCGCCAUACGGCUAGAGACUCUUUGAUUGCCUGGCUCGUAGGGGUUAACAGUCAUGGGUACCCACUGCUACGGGGUCUUGAAUGGGCACCACUGUAACAUAGAGACUAGGCACUGGCUUGCCUAGCUUCUAAGGGUUAACAGCGAUGGGUACGUGCCACUAUAGCAAAGCACUUCCCUGUUGCACUGGCUUGCCUGGCGUGUAGAAGUUGCAAGGGUUCAGAGUUUAAUUAUUUGACGCAGUCCGAGGUGUGUGAUGCUGUAAUACUGAAACUCUGUUAAUGGGAUGCGUUGACUAACUUGUAAGGGUUAAAACUGAUUAAUAGGCACUCGCCGCUACUUUGCGGAGGCUUGAUUAUCGUGCUGGGAUUGCCUGGCUUGUAAGAAUUAACACAGGGUCUUGGGUACGUAAUUGCUGUAACAGAGACUCUCAAUGUAAUAUCGCCUCCCAGCUUGUAAGGGUUCACGUGAAAUAAGGGGUGGUAUGCAGUGAGGCUCGCUUAAUGUACCGGCUUGCGAUUUGUGGGAAACACACUCGAGCGCAAAUAAUGUGCAAGUAAAUACUCUGUUGAGUGUUUCUUUUUUAUUGUGUGGAAUCUCACAAUUGGGUUAGCUUAGCUGGACUGCGAUGUAAAUAAUCUCUGCGAUGCACACGGAUACUUCCUUGUGGCACUGGCUCGUUAGGUUUGUCAUUUUGCAUUGCCGACGCGACAGAUUGUGCUUUUAUUGGUGAAUCGCGUUCAUUUGCCCGGUGUAAGCUCCUGGUCCACAGUUUGAGCGACGCGCUCCGCUUUGGCGUUCAGGGUUUCUCUCAAACCCCAAUCCUCGCGAUUCGCUGUCGCACGUCUUCUUGAGUUUUGUACCAAGUGUCAUGCGUUCAAAUACAAAUCCAGAGGUUACAAGCUGCACACGCCUGGUGAUUGCAAAACAUGUUCCACUUGUAAUUAGAGAACGGAAGUUCUAAGUACGUGUGUCCCACAUGACGCAGAGAUGAUUAUUAAUUGAAGUUAAGACAAUUUGUGUGUAGGUGCGUCACAUGGUGGCACAGUGGUGGUUAGCACACUGCACAACAAGCCUGGCGACUCAUUCGGCCACCUUCAGUGACGAACAUGUGAACUGGUUUUGGACUUCCCAAGGCCAACUCGGCCUUCUAUGUGUGUGCCUAGUGCGGUGUGUGACACGUUACCAUUGGGGAGACAAAUGCAGCCCAGGCGGGGUCCUGGCCACCACCCACCCCUCUGUGUUCCGUGUUGGCCUUCACAGGUGCUCUCUAACAGCACUUGCCCCAACAGUCUGUGAAAGACUAUACGGUGGAUAUUUGUCUUUGUACGUGAAGUGCCCGAGCUGAUGGAGAAGAUAAUAGCUCUGUACGUCAUGGGAUGGGGGUGCGCUACUGGACAUCUGUGAAGAAAAGCUGCAUUACUCAUCAGGUUCCACCAGUCUAAAUAUUGUGAUUUUGCAGUAAUGGGGCACGUGCAAGUAGGUACCAACUGACUUAGUAUUUGAAUGGAGAGGACACGUGACUGAGAUUAUUGUGCACGCAAUGUGUGAUGAUAAUUAUGUUAAUGUACCAUUUUUGGGCUCCCACCAGACCAGUUAUAUAGGGCUCUACAGGCUGCAGGGUGCCACAGUUGCGAGAUGUUAACUGCCUCACCUGGUAUACAGGAGGUCGUUGGUUCGACCCUGACGCCUGCUGUAUAUUUGGAGUUUGCAUGUCUCUGUCCCCGUGGUCGCGUGGAUUUUCUCCAGGUUCUCUGGGGGUUCCCACUCACAUUUAGAAACAUGCGUUUCGAGUAUUUGGUUGUUAUAAAUUUCCACAUGAUAAGCCACUUAGUUGAGCUAUCAUUUGUGGACAGGUCGCUUCUGAAAAAGAGCUACAUGGCUCAGCGGGCCUUAUCUGGUCAAAUAAAAAUAGAAUAAUCGUUUUUAAUAAUUUUAGCAUUCGCACAUCCGGCAGAGAAAGCUCUCAUGAUGAUGCCACUGCCAUUCAAUUUUUCGUAUUAACUGCAUGAAUUCUAAAAUAUAUCUAUUUUAUACAAAGUGUUUUUUGUUACUGGCCACUUGGCAUAUUGGGCUUGUGCUCAGAAACCGCGAUGAUACACGUAUAAUAUCUACGAUUUGCAGCCUGUCAGCCAACACUGGUAUAAACAUGGGCAUUUUCGUUGCUUUUCUAUUAUGUACAUCCACAGUGACUUGCGCACAAACACGUCGUUGACCACGACCACGAGUACCCCGUCCCUCUGUUAGCCCCGCCCCCUCCCGAUACGUUCCAUUCAUUGGCUACCACAUUCGGAUAAACCCCUCCUCUCCCUCCCCCCUUAACUGGUACUUAAGAGCUUACAUCUUGAAUCCCUCCCUCACUUGAUGCAGCAAAUCUGGCUGUGACGGUCCCACCUGACGACGGAGACUUGUGUUGCCUCGGAAACGUCGUGAUUUUUAUUGUUUUAUUUUUAUUAAUUUUAAUUUCAUUUUUUACCUACAUGGUGACUUUACCGAAAGAACUAAGAGCAGGAAGGGGGAGUCGCUGCUGCUCACGUCACUCGGCCUGCUGGCGUGGCUCGUGUGCAGUGCCUCCACUCGUGUUGAUGGGGGGGAGGGGGCUAUAGGGGACUGAGCCCCCCCCCCCCUCUGCUCAAGGCUCGGCCCUCCUAAAUUCUCAUAGUUUAAUUCUAGAUUUGAAGCUUUCGUGACUGCAAGGAUUCAUACUCUUAGGUUUUUUUUCGGUAAAGUCACGUAGGUAAAAAAUGCAAUUAAAAUUAGUAAAAAUAAUAGAAAUAAAAUAAUAAUCUUAUAUUUCGAUUGAAAGCUUUUGUGACUGCAGGGAUUCAUCUUCUUGGUUCUUUCGGUAAAGUCACGUAGAAGGGAAAUAAUAAAAAUAAAACAUAAUAAAAUAUGAUUUUAU